UUGGGGACGUGGAGAGUCUGCGGGCGGGUCUUGUUCUCUCCCACCCCUGCGUACUUUGGGAUUCCCAUACGGGACCAUGGCCUCCUCAUCGCACUGCCUGAGGCUCGCAUUUCUUUUAUUCUGCUUUUCUUUUUGCGUUCUUGCACAGUAUGAGAAAUACAACUUUCGCAGUUUCCCACGGCACGAGCUCAUGCCCCUGGACUCUGCGUACCGGCACGCUUUAGACCAGUACAGCGAGGAGAAGUGGCCCGAGAGCGUGGAGUUUCUGGAGGUGAGUCUCCGGCUGUACCGACUGCUCCGGGACAGCGAGGCCUUCUGUAACCUGAACUGCAGCACGGUACGACUCGACGACGAGACCCGCUUCAGCGACUUCCCCGAGCUACACGCGUUCGGUAACGUGAUGAGGCGAGCGCAGUGUCUGAAGCGAUGCAAACAGGGUUUACCUGCCUUCAGACAGACGCUCCCCAGCAGAGAAACCAUCGAGGAGUUCGAGAAACGGGAACCCUACAAGUACCUGCAGUUUGCUUACUUCAAAAGUGAAAAUUUGGCCAAAGCUGUAUCUGCAGCGCACACUUUCCUGCUAAAGCAUCCUGAUGACGAGAUGAUGCAGAGGAACAUGAACUAUUACAAGAGCUUACCUGGAGCAGAGGAACAUAUGAAAGACCUGGAGACCAAAUCAUAUGAGUCUCUGUUCAUUCGGGCCGUGCGGGCGUAUAACGGAGACAACUUCAGAACAUCAGUGUCAGAUAUGGAGUUGGCAAUGAGAGACUUCUUCAAGGUGUAUGACGAGUGCAUCGCAGCGUCAGAGGGAUCCAGACAGAUCAGAGACUUUAAAGACUUUUACCCGUCCAUCGCAGAUCAUUACACUGAGGUUCUGGAGAGGAAGGUUCGCUGUGAGAGCGAGCUCACGCCGGUCGUAGGUGGAUUUGUUGUUGACAAAUUUGUGGCAACCAUGUACCACUAUCUCCAGUUUGCUUAUUAUAAACUGAAUGAUCUGAAGAACGCAGUGCCGUGUGUGUCCAGCUAUAUGCUCUUUGACCCCAGUGAUGAGGUGAUGAAGAAUAAUGUGGAGUAUUAUCGUUACCACAAAGAGAAAUUUGGCCUCAGUGAUGAGGACUUCUUGCCUAGAGUGGAGGCAGUUCGGUACCACAAUCAGACGACGCUUCAGAUGCAGAUGCUGGAGUUCGCCAAACAGAAGUUCCUGUCGGAUGAUGAGGAUGAAGUCUUAGAGUUUCUUGAUGAAUUUCUUGAUUCUGAGGAUAAAUAAAAGAUUGUAAUUGCUCUGAAUAAAAACAAAACAUUUUAUCUUGAAAAGGCCAUAAAGGUAUUCUCAAUCCUGUACUUUUUUUGGUCCUUGUAUUUAUUUAGGGGUUGGUGAUUGGAAGUGAUUUUUAUUUUAAUGAUCUCUGUACUAAAAUAUGUACUUAUACAUAACAUGUAAGUACAGAUUUUACACAUGCACCACAAUCAAAAAGAUAAUAAAUCUGAAUCUCAGUCCCUGUCAACUUACUGUAUCUAAGAGAAAUGUUGUGUUUUUAUUUUGUUGGUUGGAUUGUUUUAAUAAAGAUUGUUUUAUAUUGAUCUGA